AUGACUACCGUAUCUGUCUUUGAUGGUUGGUGGACCUUCUCCAACUAUGGGCCCAUCACCACAACAUUCACCCCUGCGCCCAGCUGCAGCGCAACAGACAGACUCACGCUGGCCAUGAUCUACGAUGACACGACCCAUGGAGAACUCCAAGUCGGUUGUCCCACACCAACGAGUGACUGGGACUGUCUUCCGCCCGGCACGACAACUUCGGCAGCUUGGUAUGACGUGCAGAAAUGGAAUGGGGCUGCUGGAUACUACUCCCCGGGUCUGUACUGCCCGUCCGGGUGGGAGACCAUUGGCAUGGCCGCGCGCGGUGACAAGUCGCUGAGCACGUCGGGAUUCUUGACUACAUCGGUGGAUAAGAUUCCAUAUUUUGAGGAGCCGGCGACGUUGUUGGCGAGUGCGUUGCAGCCGAGUCAGACUAUGGCGCUUUGUUGUCCGAGCCACAUGACGCCCGACGGCAACGGUUGGUGCAAUGCUCAAGUCCCGAGCUACAUUCCCAGCGUAGGCUGCUACGUCGACGUGGAUAGCUCUUUUAGUUUUGAGACAGUUACCAGGACACAUGUCGAUGACCAUACCACGGCGACGAGCACUUUUCAGGUGGAGUCGUUUAUUAGCGCUACUACCUCGACUUCCUCGACAUCACUCCCUCCUGGAUCCGGGGAUGUGUUGACGGCUAUCUCCUAUGUACCUAUGGUGACUAUCGUUCAUCAUCAGUCUGAUCUGAAUGCGCUUGGAGCUGCAAGCGGAUCUACGGGCACCGGUCCCACUGGUACUGGCUCUACUGGGACUGGCACUGCUGGCUCUAAGGCUACGGGGACUGCCGCUUCCACUUCCAACGCUGCGUACAGACUCGGUCACAGGGCGUCUACGUGGGAUGGCUUGGGUGCUAUUAUCGGGGGCUCGGCUGCUGCGAUGGCAUUGGGGGUGGCCAUGAUUAUCCUGUGA